AUGACAGCGUGGUCGGCGUUUGCUUGUGCCGCGUGUCUUGCAGGGUGCUCUUGUCUUCUUGACAUUGUGCAGGCAGUGGAAAGUUGUGAGUUGGAGCGACGGCAAGCAGUUCUGGAAACUCUGCACGCAGUGCUCAAUUCAUUCCUUGCGCACUGGGCCUGCCGGUUGGAUUCUGGGAUGUACUGCCAGAAAGGGCGGGAUGGCAGGGCUUUUGAGGAAGGGCGAAGCUCUUUUGAAGGAUCGGAUGGCGAGUGGGCGGUGUCUGGCCAUUCAGGGGAAAGUGUCGAGCAGACCAAGUUCUUGUUUGAGACGGCAGCAUGGAUUUCUCCGCAACAGAUUUGUGAAGUUGGUUUCAAUGCUGGUCAUUCCGCUUUGACACUGCUUCUAGCAGCUGGUGAGAAUUCUUCCUAUUUGGGCUUCGAUUGGUCCAUUCUGAACCCUGGGUUGAACGAGGAGCUUUUCAGGAUGAUCCGGUCCUGGCUCCCACAUCACAACAUGAAUAUUCAGUGGGGAGAUGCAUAUUUGAGCAUUCGGUCGUUGCUGCUUCAACAAGGGGGAGGAGUUUGCGACAUGAUUUUUUAUGAUGGCCCGCAUGAUGUUCUGCAAGUUCUGACGUUCAUGCCUUUGUUGAGGGCCUUGGUCGUGAAGUCUCGGCCUUUCCUCUUGGUGGACGAUGUGGGGUGUGUGGAACCCAUCUGCCGGCAUUCCACCCUGGCCUGGCGCUUCCUACUGUGGCUUGGGAUGGUAAGUCCCAUCAGAUGUCAGGUUUCCGGGAAAGACGGGAAAGAGGGAGUGAUGGGUGUGUGCUUGGGCCGUUUUCAGUGGGGACAAAGAGUGCGUUGCCCCACCUUCGAUGCGCGGUGUGUGGCGCACACACUUGGCAUGCUGGAGCAAGAGCAGCAUGAAAGCUGGAGCAAGUGCUGCCUAAAACCAGCAGAGCAGGUGAACUCAGACGCCUACCUUAUCCGACUUUGA